AUUACAGAGUUUAGACCCAAAAGUGCGAAUUCCAAAACUACCCCUCCGACCGCCAUAGUUAAGACUUCAAAGAAAUCUCCUAGGAAGCGCAAAAAAAGAUUCCUUCCUACACAUAAAAGCCAGUGAGGGUCCGAGCCCAAAAUCUCCCCCGGCUCCCCAAAUCUCUCAGCUUCGCUUCCCCAAUUCCCCCCUGCAACCGCCGUAGUCCGACCGCCACCGCAAUGUUUCCGCCGGGAAUCGAAUAUCCCUUCCCGCCGCCCUCCGCCGAAACGCGCGCGGCACCCGACAGAGUGAUAGUCGCCGUCAAAGCCGAGAAAGUCAUCUCCAAAACUGCCCUGGCUUGGGCUCUGACUCACGUCGUCCACCCCGGCGACUGCGUAACCUUGCUCGCCGUUUUCCCCGAACCGAAACCCGUCAGGAAGUUCUGGAGCUUCCCGAGGUUGAGCGGAGAUUGCAGCACCACCAGCAACCACCGGCAGCCGGAUCGCGCCUGUGAAGUCUCUGAUUCCUGUUCUCAGAUGGUGCUCCAGUUCCAUAACCAAAUCGAGGUACGAGUGAGGAUCAAGGUGGUCUCGGGAACUUCAGGAAGUGUUGUUGUUGCAGAAGCAAAGCGAAACGAGGCCAAUUGGGUUGUUGUGGACAAGUAAUUUUAAAACAUAGUGCAAAAAAAACUAAAGCAAGAGCUGAAGCACUGCAUCGAAGAGCUGCGGUGCAACAUUGUACUGAUGAAAGGUUCACAGGCCAAAGUCCUGAGGCUCAACCUAGGACCCUCCAACGAGCCCCAGACCCCGUACUUCUCCGCCACCUCAUCACCUGACGUGGAUCUUUUCAAGUUGGAGACACGUAGGAUGAAUCAUUCUACCCCGGUGAGCAGCCCUGACCAGGAGGAGUCGAGUGGUGGUUCGCACUUGACAGCAGCAAGUUCGAUACCGAGCUACACCUCCUCCAUCACGCCACCUUUUCUUGUCUACGAAGAAAACCCCCUCUUCGACGGUGGAAAAAAACAAAGCAAACCCGUGGAUUGUAAGAGCAGCAGAUUUGACGAUUCCCUAGUUCAAUCGAGGAAUUCGAGAACUUUGCUUGCGAAAUUUCUGCAGUAUGAUCAAGACGGACAUGAAGAGGAGUACAGCAAGAGGUCUAGUAUAGUGAUGAGAAGAAAUAGUGCAGUGUCUUUAGGCAGAACAUCAUCGGUACCACCUCCUUUGUGUUCCUUAUGUCAGCACAAGGCCCCGGUUUUUGGGAAACCUCCGAGGGAGUUCUCGUACGAGGAACUGGACGAUGCAACAGGCGGAUUCUCGGAUGAGAAUUUCUUGGCGAAAGGAGGGUUUGGAGAUGUGUACAGAGGUGUUCUAAGCGACGGCCAGGUGGUUGCAGUGAAGGUGUUGAGGUUUCUUGGGGCGCAAGCAGAUGCUGAUUUCUGCAGGGAGGUCAAGGUGCUGAGCUGUGCUCAGCACAGGAAUGUCGUGCUGCUAACUGGAUUCUGUGUUGACGAGCAGAAGAGAAUUUUGGUGUAUGAGUACAUAUGUAAUGGCUCGUUGGACUUCCAUCUACACGCAGCAAACAGAAAGGCAAUCUUGGAUUGGCAUUCGCGAUUGAAGAUCGCCAUAGGGACAGCGAGAGGGUUGAGAUAUCUUCACGAAGACUGCAGAGUCGGUUGCAUAGUUCACAGAGACAUGAGACCGGACAACAUACUCUUGACCCAUGAUUUCGAGCCUCUGGUUGCUGAUUUCGGCCUAGCUCGAAGGCACUCCGAAUGGCAAUUCGAGAACGAAGAUCGCGUGAUUGGAACUUCAGGGUAUCUGGCGCCAGAGUACGUGAAUGGAGGGAAUGUCACGGACAAGGUCGAUGUGUAUGCAUUCGGAGUGAUUUUGUUGGAACUACUGACUGGCCGAAGAAUCAGCGAAUUGCAGUUCCAGAACGGGCAGCACCUGUUGUUCUCAAACUGGUUUCUCAGCAAUACAAACUUCCCGAACCAGUUACACGAUCCACGCUUGUCAGCGCGCGAAUCCACCGCCUAUCCACUCAAUGCCAUGGCUCGAGCUGCUUCUCUGUGCCUCCAUUUAGAACCUGACUUUCGGCCUCCAAUGUCCAAGGUCCUUAGAGUACUUGAAGGAGGUGAUAUGGGAGGUCCUCUGAGCUUGGACUUGAACUCUGUUGGUAACAGAAGCGGCCAUUUGCGUGGAGUUGGAACCAGAAGGUGCCAUUCUCGCAAACUUUCUCACUGAAAACCUUUGCUUGCUUACAGGUUUUGUACAUUUUUCGUAUACAAAGAUUGUAUAGCAAUCACUUCUUGUUGCCUUUGUAGUUUCAAUAUGUUCAUUUGUCAGAUGUCCAAACUAAUAAAGUUGUAUUUUUUUUAGAGAAAAUAAAGUUGUACAUUGAUUGAACUAUACGACCGCAUUUUCUAUAUCUCAUUAAACUCUUGUUUUAGUGUGAAG